AUGAGUGAAAUAUUGGAUAGUCUCAACAGAAUGGAAAAGUGUUGUAUCUGUGGUGAUAUCGCGGAUGGUUAUCACUACGGUGUCUUGUCAUGUCGUGGUUGCAAUGCAUUCUUUCGACGAGCUGUAUCGCUCGAUGUACAAUUUUAUUGUCGUCGAGGAGGUACAUGUCGAGUUGAUAAAAAUGCCCGAUGUGCAUGUCGAGCAUGUCGUUUGAAGAAAUGUGAAGAAAUGGGAAUGGAUCGAAAAGUCGUACAACUUAAACGUCUUCAUGAAACUUACCAAAAAUCAAUGAUAAAGAUAAAUUCAAGAAGAAUGGCAGCAAAUUCAAUUGAAUUCAUCAAUAAUCCGUUAUCAACCAUCUCGAACAAUAAUCGAUCCGAAAUGAGAAGAGAUGAUCCAUCAGUAUCCAAUUAUGAUUAUGGUGUGAGUUCAGCAUCACAAGAAAAAGGAAUGAUAGCUUGUUUGGUAGAUGAUUACAAGAAGCAGGUGAUGGUAAUUAACUUACUCUAUACAUUAUUAUCCACAAUAAAUCAAGGUCAUAAAUGGAAGAUUUGGAAAAGUUAG